AUGCAGCAGCGCUGCAUCGAGCUUACGACCACCACGCGCGUGGGUCACCUGCUGGACCCCAGAUCUGGCCCAGCCAGCACCCUCCACACCGACCUGGGCUUGGCCCAUGUCGAAACCCUAGCCUUCGUCCCUCCGCGCGCCGGACGGAACCGCGCCGCCGGCCGCAGCGAAUCCCGCUGCGCCACGUGGCCGCCGCCGCCCGUACCGCGCCGGUCCGCCGGGGCCCGCCCGCGGCCCUCCCGGCCCGUCGCCGCGCCCCCGCACGCGUCUGCCCCGCCGCCGCGCCGCAUCGCCUCCACCUCCGCGCCGCCUCGCCUUCCCCGCCGCCCUGCUCGCCGCCGGCCGUCGCGCCACCGCCGAAGCCUCGCGCCGCCACCGCACCUCGCCGACGCCGCCGCACUCGCCGCCGCGGACGCCGCCCGCACGCCCGGCGUCCUCCCCUCCGGCGUCUUCUCCUCCUCCCGUCGCCGGGCGCCUCUUCCCCGAGCUCCAGCGCCGCCGCCGUCGAGGAGCCCGGCCAGAUCUGGAUCGAGGUAG